AUGAAGGUGAUUCACUUCAUCGUUUUCUCCUUCUUCGUUAUUGUUACUGCUUCACAAGAUGAUGAUGGCGCUGCAAUGCUAGCGGUCUCGAAGGGCUUUCAACCGCAUCCACCUGAUUGGUCCACUCGGUCUUCCUUGGCAUACUGCAAGUGGAAAGGCGUGGAGUGCAACCGCAUCAACCACCGGGUUACAUCUCUUAACCUUUGUGGUUUAUCUUUAGGUGGCAUGAUUUCACCAGCAAUCAGUUCUCUCCUUGAACUGGUUGAGGUUAACCUCCAAAACAACCAGCUGAUUGGCAAAAUACCGAGAGUUCCAAGACAUGUCAAAUUCAUUUACAGACCUGGAAAUCAGUUGCUUGGACAGAGGCCAAGAGACAAAGAAACGAGUAUUUGGAUAAUCAUUGCAGGUAUAUGUGGAGGAGCACUUGUCUUGAUCACCAUCAGUAUCCUGGUUUACAUUUAUCAGCUCAAGAAAUUUUCUGUGCGAAACAUUGAGAAUGGUAGAACUAGGGAUGUUCAUAGGGCGUUGAUUAGAGAUGGUGCACUUGAUGAUGAGACUGAACAUGAUCGUGAUGAAGACCGUUUAUACCCGUUAGACUCUCUUCGGCAAGCCACCAAUGAUUUCAGUGAAGAAAAUAUAUUGGGCGAAGGUGGUUCUGGAAUCGUUUAUAAAGGAGUACAACAUGAUGGCACCAUCAUUGCUAUUAAGAGGAUUAACGUUGGAGCUGUUGAUGAAAGGGCAACGAAUGAGUUCAAAAGUGAGAUAAAAGUACUUACUAGUCUCCGACACAAGCAUUUGGUUCCACUUCUUGGAUUUUGCAAUGAUGGAAAUGAGAAGCUGCUUGUGUACGAGUAUAUGCCCCUGGGAACAUUGGCGCAUCAUUUGUUUGAGUGGAGUAACCGUGGUUAUACCCCUUUGACAUGGAAUCAGAGGAUAGUUAUAGCGUUGGAUAUCGCACCGGGAGUUCAGUAUCUACAUGGUCUAGCCAGAAGAAACUAUAUCCAUGGAGACUUAAAGCCUUCUAACGUCCUUAUAGGAGAUGGCAUUAGAGCAAAGAUUUCUGACUUUGGCUGUAUUAAGCUCAUACCCGAGGGAAUAGAAUCUGUUGAGACAGCAACAGUGGUCGGGACCUUCGGUUAUCUUGAUCCAGAUUAUGUUGGUACUAAGAGGGUUACAAAAAAGGCGGAUGUUUAUGCAUUUGGGGUGAUUUUAAUGGAAAUAAUCACAGGAAGAAAAGCAAAUGACGAUACAUUGAGUGAUGAGGAACAGAAUGUGGUCAUGUGGUUACGUCCGAAGAUAAAACAUACAACGUUCUUGACGUGGAUUGAUGGCACGAUAGCAACGGACGAUGAAACCAUUGAGAGCAUCAAGAAGAUUGCCAAAUUGGCAGAAUACUGCACUUCUCAAGAGGUUGAACGCAGACCGAACAUGUUUCAAACAGUAAAUUUGCUGGUUCCUCUGGUGGAGCAUUGGGAGUCACCACCUAGUGAAGAAGAUACAGAGAAGGACACCACGACUCUUCUAGAGAAGUUGCAUAGGUGGAAAACUGAAGCAGACGAAGGAACAUCUAUGGCUAAGUAUGGUGAACCCAGCGGCACCAAAUAUGAGAAGACCAAGUCACAGCGUUCUUCAAGUCGUCUAGAGGAAAUAGAAAUGACUAGUCGCUAG